UUUAAAUCAGCGCCAGUACGGUUCGAGUCGUCCUAGUGAUGAACACUUUACCCAAAUGGAAGCAUUAAAAUUUUUACGACGCGCAGCCAUAAUACUAGUGCUGGUGUGGAUGCGAGUGAAUGCUGAACGUGAUAUACAGUGUAAUGGACUUAGCUUCGAAUGCGAAGGGGCCUAUCAUUACAUUACUUGUGUUAACUUGCCUGAUGGCCAAAGACUGUAUAUACCAAACCGGUGUAAACCCGGAACUAUUUGUAAUGACAGCAAUCAUCCUAUUGAACCAUGCGAUUCAGAUACGGCCCCGCCCACUACACUGUCAACAGCACCAACAUCAACGGCAGAUGUACCGACCACGUUAGGUCAAGCAACGACUUCGCCUUAUAUAAGGCCAACUGUUGAACCAAGUGCCGUGUUCAGUGAGAGAAUUGGUGAACUCAAAGUGCUUAAUGAUACAGGGUACCUUUCGCAUAGUAAUCCUGGAUAUGAUGACACUAGUUUUGUUAACGUGAGUUUUGGUGUAAACAUCACUAAUAACUAUAAUCCACCUGCAAACGCCUCUGCCAAUGUAACAGCAUCGGUAAACCUAGAAUCUCCGUCAGUAAUCAAGACAAGUUCAGUGAUAACUUUGAGCAAACCCGGCAGUGCGAAUUCAUCAAACAGUUCCAUAAUCGCAGAUAAAAAAUCUUCAGUCGUGGAAACUAACACGACAAUUCAAAAAUCGCCUAGUUCACCUCAGUCAUCACAGUUCAUCAUAAAUACGCUGACGCAAGCCUUGUUCCAGUUUGACCAUGUUCGCUCACAAAAUGUCAUUAGUUUCACCAGUUCGCAGGCAUUGAACUCAAAUAGUUCAACAAUUUCAAUAAACGUGGCCACUGGAAUUAGUGAUGGUGGGGAUGGUGCCAAUGAUAUUACUCUCACAACAAAUACGACAGUUUCAUUCGGACAACACGAUCGACAGCCAACGACCUAUGACCGGCAAAGCUUGCUGACGCAGGAUGACUCCACAAAAAGUAUCAGCAAUAGAAAUAUCUCAAAUCCAGUUUCGACCCCAAAAGCAAGUGAUAGUACCAAUUUUUGGAGAGUUAAUUUCACCAAUCCUUCCGGAGGUGGGUUCUCCAAAAAUAUCAGCCAAAUUUUUUACUCACUCAACAAGACUGAUUUUGAAACGUUAAACGUCACAACGGAGAAAGGGGAUGACAUUAAAAAUUUCACGUUCACCAGUGAACCUCCUAAAGAUCUCAUUACUCUUGAUCUUUUAAUGGAAGGCAGUGGUAGUGGACAACCAGAUCUUCCUGAUACUUCCUUUUAUAAUAUAGCUUCUGACUCCGAUCUUUUGGCAGAAGAGAGUGGAAGUGGAGAACCAGAUGUUUUCCAAGUUCUUCCUGAAAACUUGAAGAAUGUGAACAAGGAACACACAACCCCUUCAAUAGACGGACAGUUCGAUGAAGCCAGAAGAUCGGCUGAUACCUGCCGUUGUUUCUGA